UACUACGACUGGUUAAACCAUAAAAUAUCAAUAUUUUGUAAACUGAAAAUUUAAAUUUAUUAGUUUAUUUGUUCUUCGAUAUAUUUGUGUUGUAAACCCAGCAAAUCAAUAGUAUGUUUGACCAGAGCAUCAUUGGAAUAUGCUUUUGUGUCUGCUUCACAAUAGUUUUCAACUUUUCCUUACAUCGUAUAGAAGAAGGUCAUGUUGGUGUUUAUUUCAGAGGUGGAGCAUUGUUGCCCCAAGUCAGUAAUCCUGGAUUUCAUAUGAUAAUACCUUUUUUAACAACAUAUCGUUCUGUUCAAGUUACAUUACAAACAGAUGAAGUAAAGAAUGUUCCAUGUGGAACAAGUGGUGGCGUAAUGAUCUAUUUCGAUCGUAUAGAAGUUGUAAAUAUAUUAGAUGCAAAUAGCGUUUACAACAUGGUGAGGAACUUUACUGCAGAUUAUGAUCAAACAUUAAUAUUUAAUAAGAUCCACCACGAAUUAAAUCAAUUUUGCUCUGUACACACAUUGCAUGAGGUGUAUAUAGAUUUGUUUGAUCAAAUAGAUGAAAAUUUAAAAAUUGCUUUACAAAAGGACUUAAAUGAUUUAGCACCUGGUUUAAGUAUCCAUGCAGUUAGAGUUACAAAACCAAAAAUUCCAGAAAUUAUCAGAAAAAAUUAUGAACUAAUGGAAGCAGAAAAAACAAAACUUUUAAUUUCAACACAGCAUCAAAAAGUUGUCGAGAAAGAUGCAGAAACUGAAAAAAAGAAAGCAGUUAUUGAUGCAGAAAAGGAGGUACAAGUAGCAAGAAUACGAUAUUAUCAAAAAAUUAUGGAGAAAAAAUCUCUGCAACAAAUAUCCGCGAUCGAAGAUGAAAUGCAUUUAGCGAAACAGAAAAGUUAUUCCGAUGCUGAAUAUUAUCAAAAGGAAAGGCAAGCUGCAGCAAAUCAGCUUCUUUUAACCAAAGAAUAUUUAGAACUAAAAAAAUAUGAAGCAUUAGCACAGAAUACAAAAAUAUAUUAUGGUCAAGAUAUACCAAAAAUGUUUAUGUAUGGAGGCUGCUCAAAUGAGCUUAUUACAAAUUCAUCUGUUAAAAUUAGUGAAAAAUAA